UAUACAUUAACAAGUUAAGAUGGCAAAGCUACCAACUCAACUCUUGGCUUGCAUUUUCUCCAUUGUUCUUGUCUUGCAAUAUUCAUGCCCUGCAACAUCUCAAGAAGUUGAGAAUGACAGUGAGUUUGAUUAUAAUGAAAAUAGUGCAAGAGGGCCUGCAAGAUGGGGAGAGAUUCAUCCAGAAUGGAGAGCAUGUAGCAAUGGAUCAAUGCAAUCUCCUAUUGAUAUGUCGAAUGAAAGAGUUUCCCAUCUCGGGAGGCUUAAGAGAAGCUACAAGCUAUGCAAUGCCACUCUAAGAAAUUGAGGCCAUGAUAUGAAGUUGAGAUGGGACGGUGAUGCAGGAGCUAUAGAGAUCAAUGGUACUGAGUAUGCACUCCAUCAGUGCCAUUGGCACACACCUUCCGAGCACACCAUCAAUGGCAGAAGGUAUGAUUUGGAGGUGCACUUGGUUCAUGAAAGUGCGGAUGGCAAGGUUGCUGUAGUAGGGAUCAUGUACAAGAUUGGUAGACCAGAUUCUUUCCUUUCAUCGAUAACUAUAAGAUUGCUAGAUCGUUUAGCAAGCAUUACCGAUAUCACAGAAGGAGAGAGAGUGGCGAGUGUGAUCGAUCCAAAGCACAUAAAAAUUGGCAGUAGGAAGUAUUUCAGAUACAUUGGCUCUCUUACUGUUCCUCCUUGUGAUGAAAAUGUGGUGUGGAGCAUUGUCAGAAAGGUGAGGACUGUGACCAGGGAGCAAGUGAGAUUGCUUCGUGUGGCCGUUCAUGAUGUAACUUCAAAUACUAAUGCAAGACCACUGCAACCAAUAAACAAGCGCUCAUUUCAACUCUAUAGGCCAAAAGAUGAUGAAGAGAAUUAA